CUUCUUCCUCCUUCAUUUUCUCUCUCCUUUACCUUUCCUCUUCUCUUACCUCUGCAAACCUAGAUCUGGGUUUUCUCUUAAACUUCAUCUUCUUCCUCCUUUCCUCCUUACUUUCUCUGCUCAUCUUUCUUUCUUCUUCUUAUUCUCUCGCUCUCUCUCUCUCUCUUCUCCCUUCUUCUUCCUCUCUCAAACCCAAAUCUGGGUUUUAGAAAAAUUGCUCCCUUCUUCGGCUUUAUGUGAAAUUAUUCAUUAAUUUCAUUUCUCCAUCGGACAAACAAUUCAAAAAACAUUAAGGUAUUGUUUGGAUUGGAGGUGUCGGACGAAGAGGGAGGGGAAGGGAUGGGGACGAAUGGCAAGGGAGGGGGAGCGAGGGGGGACUGUCUCCUUCCUCCUGUUUGGGUUUCCAAAGAGGCAGAGGGGGAGGGAGAUGGACUAAUUCGGACUCCCUCCAACCACCCUCAAAUUUGCAGAUUGGCAAUCCGUCCGAUUUGGGGGGUUUGGAAAGGAUUUAAAUGGCUGUUUAGAUUAGGUUAAAUGUAAUUACAAAAUUAACCUUAAUUUUUUUAUUAUAUCCUUCUCCAUUACAAGUUUAAAAGAUAAAUUUGUAAAUUUAAAAUUAAUUUAAAUUUUU